UGGAAGGCCCACUUCAGAGACACUUAACUUCUACAGAGAGAUCUCAGUGAGUGACCAGCCAUCAUGAGACUGCCGUGGAAGUACCUGGACAAGAUGAGGUGUUUCAGGAAACGCUCCACCUUCCCCUUGCUGGGCAUACUGAUCACCUGUCUCAUCUUUGUCAACUUGUACAUGGAAGAUGGAUACGUGCUGGAAGAGGACAAGAGGCAGCUGAGAGAGACAUCAAUGCAUCAGUUGAACUCUGAGCGAUAUCUUCAUACCUUCAAAUAUCUGACUAAUUUUUCUGGAACUAUAAAUGUUACAUACCGCUACCUGGCAGGAUCGCCUGUGUCACGCAAGAAGUAUUUAACCAUUGGACUGUCAUCUGUCAAGAGAAAAAGAGGGAAUUACCUAAUGGAAACAAUCAAGUCCAUAUUUGAUCAAUCUAGUUAUGAGGAGCUCAAAGAGAUUGUGGUUGUAGUUCAUCUAGCUGACUUUGACUUAGCAUGGUGUGAAAGCCUGGUGCAAGACAUCUCCAGGAAGUUUGCCCACCACAUCAUUGCAGGGAGGCUUCUAGUAAUCCAUGCUCCUGAGGAGUAUUACCCAUCCCUGGAUGGAUUGAAGAGGAACUACAAUGAUCCAGAAGAUCGGGUCAGGUUCAGAUCCAAACAGAAUGUUGACUACGCCUUUCUCCUCAACUUCUGUACUAACCUGUCUGACUUCUACAUGAUGCUGGAGGAUGAUGUCCGUUGCUCUAAGAACUUCCUGACAGCUAUGAAGAAAGUCAUCACCUCAAAAGAGGGCUCUUACUGGGUGAUGCUCGAGUUCUCAAAACUAGGAUACAUUGGGAAACUCUACCAUUCCAAGGACCUGCCUCGUCUGGCCCACUUCCUUCUCAUGUUCUAUCAGGAGAUGCCCUGUGAUUGGCUGCUGAUACAUUUCAGAGGCCUGCUUGCCCAGAAGGAUGUGAUUAGGUUCAAACCCUCUCUGUUCCAGCACAUGGGAUACUACUCCUCAUACAAAGGCGUAGAAAACAAACUAAAGGAUGAUGACUUUGAGGAGGACUCCUUCGACAUUCCAGAUAACCCACCUGCCAUUCUACAUACAAACAUUAAUGUGUUUGAGAGCUAUGAUGCCAGCAAAGCCUACAGUAGUGUAGACGAGUACUUCUGGGGCAAAGCCCCCUCAACUGGUGAUUUCUUUGUCAUUGUUUUUUACAAAUCUACUAGAAUCAGCAAAAUUAAGAUUGUCACUGGGACUGACGACCGACAAAAUGACAUUUUGCAUCAUGGAGCCCUUGAAGUCGGAGAGAAACUGAUUGGGAGCAAAAAAGGCAAGCAGUGUUCAUCAUACAUCACUUUAGGUGAAUUUAAAAAUGGGAACAUUGAGGUUCACAAUGUGGAUCACAAAAUUUCAUUUGAAAUUGAAUGUGUGCGGAUAGUGGUCACAGCUAGCCAAAAAGAGUGGUUGAUUAUCAAAAGCAUCAGCCUUUGGACUGCUCCAUCAUCAAGUCAGUGA